GAGGAUUUAACAAGUGGACGAACGCCGGACGUGAUGGAGCAGAUGCCAAGAGGAACAAAAGAGUUGAUGAGUCUCAGCGGACUGAAGUAACCAGCAGCUAAACCAGCUAACCGUAGCCGAGUCAACGCUAGCUUCGCUACAGACAGUCUUUAUGCGGCGGUCUCCCCUCCUCGCAUCUUCGAGCAUCCCUACCGUCGCCAGCCUCCGGAGCGGAUCCCACUGACACUACGCGGCCAUGGCAGCGGUGGUGAGCUUCUCCCCGCCGUGGUGGGUGACCCUGCUGCACAGGCUCCCCCAUUUCAACUUCAAGUUCGAGCAGACUAGCAGCGAUUUCCGACCCGAUGACUGGACGUAUCAACAGUCCAUCAUGUUACUGGGGGGCAUGGCGCUGGCCUGUCUGGCCCUCGACCUCUUGUUCCUGCUCUUCUAUUCUAUCUGGCUGUGCUGCCGUCGGAACAAAGACGACGAGCAGCCCAACGCCGACUGCUGCUGCACGGCCUGGUGCGUCAUCAUCGCAACACUCGUCUGCAGCGCUGGCAUUGCUGUCGGUUUCUAUGGGAACGGCGAGACUUGCGAUGGAGUGAAUCGGCUGACGUAUUCCCUGCGCCAUGCUAACCGCACAAUCACUGGGGUGCAGAGUCUGGUUUACAACAGUACGUCCUCAUUGAACCAGACGGUAGAUGGUAAUCUGCAACAUCUUGAGGGCCAGUAUGCGCGCCAUGCAGACUACCUGUCUAUCAUCCAAAAGCUGCAGGGCCAGCUGGAUGAGCUGGUCAGACAGAUGGUAGAGAUUCCCUUUUGGGACAACACCAAUAUCUCCCUGGAGGACCUGGCCGUCAAGAUGGAGCUUUAUGACUGGUACAGGUGGCUGGGCUACAUAAGCCUGCUACUGUUCGAUGUCCUCAUCUGCCUUCUGGUGCUGUUUGGCCUCAUUCGCAACUCUAAAGGCAUGCUCAUAGGGGUGUGCUUGUUUGGUGUAGUGGCUCUGAUAAUCAGCUGGGUCUCCCUGGGGCUGGAGUUGGCUUUGUCUGUGACCUCAAGUGACUUCUGUGUGGAUCCUGACAUGUAUGUCAGCAAAGUGGCACAACAGUACGGAGUCAUCAAUCAAGAAAUCUUGCAGUACUACCUUAUGUGCAGUUUGGAGCAAACCAACCCCUACCAACAGAAACUUUCCGGGAGCCAUAAAGCAUUAGUGGAGAUGCAGGAUGAUGUGUCUGAAUUGCUGCGCUCUGCCACCAGAGAGUAUAAACAAACUAAGGGAAGUUUGGAGGAGAUCCAGAGGAUUCUGAACACCACAGAGAUCGGUCUUCAUCAGCUCACUGCCCUGGUGGACUGUCGCAGCCUGCACAUGGACUACGUCCAGGCCAUGACGGGUCUGUGCUAUGAUGGACUGGAAGGGCUCAUCUACCUCGUGCUCUUCUCCUUUGUCACCGCGCUUAUGUUUAGCUCAAUUGUUUGCAGUGUACCUCACACAUGGAAAGGCAAAAGGAGUGACGACGACAGCGAGAACGAGUCCCUGAGCCACGGAGGGAGGCAAAACCACGACAACCUCUACCGGGUCCACAUGCCCAGUCUUUACAGCUGCGGCAGCAGUUACGGCAGCGAAACUUCCAUCCCUGCAGCCGCUCACACCGUCAGCAAUGCACCCGUCACGGAAUACAUGGCUCAGAAUGCCAACUUCCAGAACUCCCGCUGUGAAAACACGCCGCUGAUCGGACGGGAGUCUCCUCCCCCCUCGUACACCUCCAGCAUGCGAGCAAAGUACCUGGCCAACAGCCGACCAGAUCCCAACCCCAACACCCCUCCAGCGCACUAGACAACACUGGACUCUUCUCUCUGACGUCUCCACACAUUCAAUCACCACCCCCCCCCCCCCCCCCCCCCCUCAUCCAGUCACUUCACCUUCACUCCAUAAACUGUUUGCCUUCGCUUGUAAAUGAAAACGAAAAACCACACGUGCUGUUGAGGAAGAACCCUCUCGUGAUUCUGGAGGUUCCACCAUCCUCGACUGCAGGAAAAAAGAAGCCGUGCUGGGAGUUUAUCUGUUCUGGAGGUUGGACUUUUUUGUGUGUCUCUUCUGAUUAAUGCACCACGACAGGUACACUGUCACGUCUAACGGGACGUCGCGCUGUGGAGGACACUGGAAGUGCUCGUAGACUAACACUUAUAAACUACUGGUCGUUGUGUUGUUUUGUACUGUACUGCACUCUUUAAAGUGGCAGAGUGACAAAAAGCCUUACACAUGAAUAAUGUAGGAAUCAACAGUCUUAACUGCGUCCACACACACACACACACACAUACACAAGUAGUACACACACAGUAAAACAUAGAUUGAUUUUCCAAUUCAACAUCCCAGUCUUCUUUCUACUGAAGAAGCUUCUAAUGCAAAUCUGAUAUUUGUGUAUCCUAAUGUUGAUUUACUGAAUCUCUCUCGUGCACCUGCACACUGGCUUGUUUUUGCAUUCCACAUCAGAUCUUUAGCCCGGGACCAGUUUUCUUUAAGCGUUGCACUCGACACAGGUCUGAAAUUGAAUCUUUCUUUUCAAAAGCAAUACAGUGACGAGCCACUUUUCCACAGCAGGGACUGUAAUUUGCGAAGCUGUGACCAUCUCAGAGGAUUUGAUGAGAAGCUUCAUGAUGGAAGCGCAGCUGGGGGGGGUGUUUGUUUUAAGCCUUUUUUUUAACAGCCUUUUCAAUAACGACAUUAAAGCGGCGGAGGGCAGGACACGAAUGUGUGACAUUGUCUCCUGCAACAUACGUUUCAAGUGAAUUUUCAGUUCGCUCUUUGCCAGACUGCUCGUUAUUCUCUCUGUGUUUCUGUUAACAGAGCAGAGAAUUGGUUCACACUGCAGCAGGUUAGAGUCACGUAAUCCUGUCCCUAAUCAUCCCAACAGGCAUUUGAAGGCAAUCUUGUGUGAACACGUUAGACAAAACAGUUUAGAGUGUUUCCCGGAGGAAUCGGAUGCGUCGGCCUGGCCUCAAAUGUGUUUUAGCAUUUCUACCUGGAAGCAGAGCGGUCGACGCGAAGGGCUCUGCAUCACCUGGAACCACUGUCCCUGUCGACGCAUGACGAUCCUUCAGACGUGGAGCGAGAUCUUUGUACUGCUGCCUCUUUAACUUGCUUCUCUUAGACGUGCUUCGUGACCAGUAACGGCGCUUUUAGUUUUUAUUUUUAAUUUGAGACUGUGCCAACAGGUUGAAGCACAACUCUAUUAGCUGAUUCUCUUUUUACUUGUACAGCUGACAGUUCCUGGCGGCCCGUGCAGUCGACCAAAAAAUGAGCCUGAUUUUCAUUAUUACACUGAUGCAACCUCUGUUUUUUAGUAGUAGUCAUACUCUUUCUAUUUCUUAUUCAAGCCUGUACAGAUCAGAAACAUUUACAAAAUGAACAAAAAAACAUGCUGUUGUGUCUGUACUUCACAUUUUAAACAUUUUUUACUGUAUUUGAAUAUGGAUUUCUUUUUUUAUAGAAAGCAGGGCAUGACUUCAUUAAUGUGAAUGUGUUAAAUACAUAAUAUGUUUAAGUUUGUUUAUGUUUUUUUUCUGGGGAGAAAAAAAAUCACAACUUUGAAAUCUCUAAAUAUGUACUUGUACAACCUGUGGUUACAUUGAGCUUGAAUGCCGUGUUUUAAAAUUAAACGAACCUUAACUGUU